AUGGACCUUGCCGUGGGCGCCUCGAGCGACGCCGUGAAAUCUCUUGUCGGCAAGCUCGGGAGCCUUCUUGCUCAGCAGUACGGCCUGAUCCAAGGCGUCCGCGACGACAUCAGGUACAUUAAUGACGAGAUGGCCAGCAUGCAGGCUUUCCUUACCGCAAUCGAGCGGGCCGGCAACCAUGACGAGCAGAGGCGGGUUUGGAUGAAGCAGGUGCGCGACAUGGUCUAUGACAUAGAGGAUGUCAACCACCGCCUCGGCCCCGAGCCCCGCGGGAACGACAAACUCAUGUUCAUCAGGAAGGCAUGGUACCUGCUCACCACGUUGAAUGCGCGGCGCUGCGUCGCCACCGAGAUCGGCAACCUCAAGGUUUGGGCGCAGGAUAUCAGCAACCGGCGCAUGAGGUACGGGGUGGAGAACCCCACUACUAAAGAUGGAUGCAGUGAAGCUGAGGAAACUGAAGAUCCUAGUAGUGACCAUGUUGCCCCUCCACCCCAGUUCGUUGUUAGGGAGCGGCCUGUGGGCCUGGACUCUACCGUAGAAAAGCUCGAGGUAUUGUUAGAAUACCAGGAUUCACCAGGUUGUGAUCUGGAGUCAAGGACCAAUUACAACAACAGGACUCUCGCCAUCUUCGGAAUCGGUGGCCUUGGCAAGUCCAGACUCGCCAGGGAACUGUACGAUAAAUAUGGAGAUAAAUUUCACCACAGAGCAUUCGUGCAGGUCUCAAAGAAGUUCAAUCUUGUGAUGCUUCUGAGGAGUCUUGUUGAGCAGUUCCAUAGGCAGCAGACCCAUACAUCUCCAGCUGAUCUGCUUGACAGAUUUGAGGAAUGGGGGGAAAUACAGCUCAAGAAGAAACUCGCCGCCCAAUUAAAAGACAAAAGGUACCUUGUUCUGAUAGAUGACAUAUGGUCUGUAUCAGCAUGGGAAAAAAUUAAUGAUUCUUUGCCCCAAAGCAUGGGUGUCAUAGUGGCGACAACAAGGUUUAGGUCUGUAGCUGCUGCCUGCUGCCGUCGAAAUGGUCAUAUGUACGAGCAGCACCCACUCACUGAAGAGAACUCCUACAAACUGUUCCGUCAAAUCAUCUGCACGGCUUCUGAUGAGCCCACUGAUGCAGCUAAAGUUCUUCUUCAGAAAUGUGGAGGUUUACCUUUGGCCAUAAUCGUCGUAGCAGGCCUCGUGGCUGGGAAGCUGAGAUCUGGUCCUAGCUCGCUAACACUAUGUUAA